GACACCAUGAAAGCGAAAAGCACUCACUCACCCACAAGCUUCCCCAGUUGUUCUUCUCGUCCAUAAUAUUAUAUGCACCCACUAUCCCACAAAACAACACAACCACAUCUGAUCCAACCCCAUUAUUAAAACCAAAUCUGCAGAACUUGUAACAGACUUCAACCCCAUCAUUAAAACCCAUACAGAAAUAAAGAAACUGCAGAGGAAACUUGUUUUUGUUUCUUCUUCAUUUUCCAUGUGUGAAGGUAUGCGUUCUCUGAUGAUUCUUUCGUUGCUUUGCUAUGGGCUGUACUGGGCAACUCACAGCCACAAGUCAUCAAUCUCAGUGGCUUCAUUGAGCACCGAAGAAACCCUUUUUGUGAAUAAAACAGCUGCAAUUGGAGCUACAGAUGAUGACUUUAUCUGUGCCACAAUUGAUUGGUGGCCUCCUCAGAAAUGUGAUUACGGAACUUGUAGUUGGGGCUCUGCUUCUCUUCUCAAUCUGCACGAAAUUGCAACUUGCAGAAAAAGGUUAUGCACGAAAUUGCAACUUUCAGAAAAAGGUUAUGCACGAAAUUGCAACUUUCAGAAAAAGGAUCUUGACAAUGCUAUAUUUUUAAAUGCUAUAAAAGCAUUUGCACCCUUGAAAAUUAGGUUGGGUGGCACUUUACAAGAUAAAGUCACAUACCUGGCGGACGGAAGUCAACCACCUUCCACCUCAUUUGUCAAAGAUGGUUCACAAUUGUUUGGUUUCUCUCAAGGUUACUUACCAAUGCCUAGAUGGGACCAACUAAACAGUUUCUUCAAUAAAACUGGGGCUGUUAUUAUUUUUGGUUUAAAUGCACUCAUAGGUAGAAACAUAGACUCCAAUGGUGCAGCUACUGGUGCUUGGAAUUCAACCAAUGCAGAAACCUUAAUAAGAUAUACAGUCGACAAGGGAUACACAAUUCAUGGUUGGGAACUUGGAAAUGAACUGAGUGGGAAUGGAGUUGGAACAAAAGUUUCAGCAGACCAAUAUGCAGCAGACACACACACUCUCCAUGAAAUACUGCAGAAAAUUUAUGCAGAUUAUGGAUCAAAGCCACUAGUCUUAGCACCAGGAGGCUUCUUUGAUGCCGAUUGGUUCACAGAAUUUGUUCAUAAAACUCCUCCUUCCCUUAAAGUAAUCACUCACCACAUAUAUAAUCUUGGUCCAGGUAGUGCUGGAGAUCUCGUUGACAAGAUCCUAGAUCCAGAUGUUCUCGAUGGUAUUUCGCAGACCUUCAGCAGCCUACAAAACCUUGUUGAGACAUCAGACACUUCAGCAGUGGCAUGGGUUGGUGAAGCAGGAGGUGCUUACAACAGUGGCCAUGAUCUUGUUACAAAUGCUUUUGUGUUUAGUUUCUGGUACCUAGACCAGCUUGGUUUGGCAGCAUCUUAUGACACCAAAACAUAUUGCAGACAGACAUUGAUUGGUGGAAAUUAUGGGCUCCUUGACACCAACACCUUUCAACCAAAUCCUGAUUAUUACAGUGCUCUUCUUUGGCAUCGUUUAAUGGGAAACAAGGCCCUCUCCACAAGCUUCUCUGGGACGAAGAAGAUACGUGCCUAUGCUCAUUGUUCAAAGAAGACAAAAGGAAUCACGGUGCUCCUCAUCAACCUAGACGGUAACACUACAGUUCAAGUCCGAGUUUCGACUGAUAGUACUGGCAGGCCUGUGAGUUCCGAAAGCCUUCAGAGUUCGAAAGAUAGUGAUGAUGUAAGGGAAGAAUACCAUCUAACAGCUCAAGAUGGGGACUUGCAGAGUAAAGUAAUGCUACUAAAUGGGAAAGCACUUAUUGUAGAUUCAUCUGGGGAUAUUCCACCCUUGGAACCGAUAACAGUCAGGCUAUCAGAUCCAACUACCGUGGCGCCAUUCUCUAUUGUAUUUGUUCACGUUCCAAACACAACCGUGCCGGCUUGUGCAUAGAGGCUUUUGGUGAAAGAAGGCUUGUAGAUCUUUUUAUUUUCAUACAAAGAGAUGAAUAAAUAGAAAUAAGAAAUGAAUUUUAGAGGAUGCAACCACGUUAUAAAUUAAAAUUAAAAAUUUAUUGGUUUCUUCAUGGUGAUCUCCAAGAAUAAUAUACAGUACUUCAGAGAAUAUGAUGUUUAUAUAGAA